GACUAGUCGAGUCUGAAAGACUUCCCCGGCAAAUCGAAAGUUAGAGAAACAGAAGCGAGGUGCCAUGGAGCUGCAGGACAUCACCAAAGAGGGGGAAAGAAACGAAGAAUAUGAAGGAGCAAGUGUACCGAAGGUGGAGGUCAAAAUUGAAGAGGAAGCAGAACCAGACCACUAUUCUAAACUACAAAGUCCAUCUGAUGACAUCUAUUCAGAAGCUUUGUAUGCUGGUGAUCCGGUUAAAACAAGAGCAGACAAACCGACGGAGGGAAACACACGUCUGUACCGUGCUGCGUGUUUAUUCCUCACCAUAAUGUGCCUGAUCCUGCUGCUGCUCGUCAUUAUCCUCAGUGUGAAACUCCAAACUGGCUCCACCAUCUGCCCGGCGAGAGAGGAAACUACAGCAGCAGACGGGAGAAGUCCUCCAUUUGAUCCAACGUGCAGCCACGAGCAGUGCCUGGCACUCUUCCCCAGCACUCAAGCCCAACGUCGAGGCUGUCAGCAGUGCCCUCACGGGUGGCGGAUUUUUGGCCGGUCGUGUUUUUACCUGUCCACCACGAGGCUGAGCUGGGACGAGAGCCAGAGGAACUGCUCCGCCAGAGGAGGAUCUCUGGCUGUUGUUAGCAGCCGGAGCCUUCAGAAUUUUCUGACUAAAGAAGGGAAAAUGAAAUACUGGAUCGGGCUGAAACACGAAGGAGCCACAUGGACCUGGGUCAACAACACUCUGCUGAGAGAGAGUUACUGGAAAGAAGGUGGCUCACAGGGGGAUUGUGGGCUCCUUAGCAGCGGACAACCACCUGAGAAGAACUGGAUCAGAGCUUCCUGCGAAGGCUACUCCUACUUCAUCUGUCAGAUGGAGCUCUGACACCAUCUGUCUCUUUUUGUUUUAACAGAAUAAUGAACAAACCAAUCCUCUAUCAAUGAGCAUCAACUCCACCAUAACAUUUCAAAUCAUAUCUCUUUCCACUUCAAUCAGUGAUAUCCAGCAAAGAAAGAUAAUGAAGCUUUGUAGAUUAUAGUUUUAUAUUUACUGCUUGAAGAGCUGUUUAUUAUAUAUCAUAUAUUAUAUUUUUCAUUGUGUUGUCUAAUUUGUAUUUUUAACAUGUCACAUUUUGCUUACAGUAAAAGUAGUAAUAACUCAGGAUACGUCACUGUUAUAUACUGUAUGAUUCUUUAUCCUGCUGUCUGACUUUUAAAUAAACGAGGAUCACUAAA